AUGGCUACCGCUUUUGGCUCACCCGAAUUUGAAAGCUUUGACUGCAUCAUUAUUGGAGCUGGCAUCUCAGGUAUCAACUGCGCAUUCCGUUUGAAAAGCCAGAUACCAAAUGCGAGCUAUGUCAUCCUCGAAGCUCGCAGCGACAUUGGUGGGACUUGGGAUCAGUGGAAAUAUCCUGGAGCCCGUUGCGACUCUGAAAUCUCCACGAUUGCCUUUUCGUGGCACGACUUUGCCUUCCCAAGCCCUAUUGUCUCUGGUACUAUGAUCCAGGAUUAUCUGCAUCAAGCUUCAGCAAAGGCAAAAAUUGAUGAGAACAUCCGGCUAAACCACAAGGUCUCAGAUGCUGAGUGGUCUCGAGAAAGUCAAAACUGGCACAUCUUGGCAUACAUUGACGGGAAUGCCAAACGAUUUACUUCGCGCUUCUUGGUACUAGCUGCAGGCUUUCUCAACUACGAUACGCCGCCAGAAGUUGAGAUUCCUAACAUCAGUCAGUUCAAAGCACGGGUCAUCAAUCCCCAGUUCUGGCCGCAAGACUAUGACUGGACCAAUGAACGGAUUGCCGUCAUCGGCAGUGGUGCCACUGCCGUCAGUCUGAUACCCGCGAUUACAGAAAAGGCUGCUCAUGUCAUCAUGAUUCAACGAAGCCCAAACUAUGUCGCCAAAUGGGACAAUGGUCCGUCAUGGGCACAUAAAUACCUUCCGCUCUCCUUUGUGUACACAUGUCGGCGCCUUUGGUGCGCCAUCAGGUUGCAAUUGUUUGUCUCUUACUGCGAAAAGUACCCGCAAGCAGUAAUUGAUUUCCUGCGAAGUGAUGCAAAGAAGAUCCUCCCUGCUCGAGUUGAUUAUGACGUUCACUUCAAGCCACGUUAUAAGCCAUGGGAUCAGCGCAUGUGCGUGGACGCUGACUGUGCCUUCUUCAAGUCCCUGUCUCUUCCAAAUGUGGAUAUCACCACUGGGCCGAUUGACACAGCUAUUGAGCAAGGAAUCAAAAUGCACGACGGCAAGACUAUUGAAGCAGACACAAUUGUCGCGGCAACAGGAUUCCGUAUGCAAAUUGACGGUGGAAUUCGCAUGCGGGUUGAUGGCCAGGCAGUUUCAUGGAAUGAUAAGUUCGUCUGGAACGGUACAAUGGUGAGCGGAGUGCCAAAUAUGGUCUUCAUGCUUGGCUAUCCCAACAACUCCUGGACUCUGGGCAUCGAUGAGUCCGCAUUCGUCUUGGUGCGUCUCAUGCAGCACAUGCAGAGUCGUGGUGCUCGCAGUGCCGUACCUCGAGUUCCAAAAGAUACUACAAUGAAUGAACUGCGACUUUGGGAUUUGAUGUCAACUUACCGCGUGGCAGCGGAAUUGAGACUACCGGUACAAGGCGACAAAGGUCCCUGGAGACCCAGAGAUGCCCCAAUCGCCGGCUGGAUUCACUCUCGCUGGGGGGAACAUCACGAAUGGCCUGGAAUUCAUCGAAUGAUCCCGUCUGCAAACACUCUCGUCGUGUCAGCGACACCAUCGAUCACGGGCAGUUCUCUUCAACUCUCUACAGACCUUGCUAGAUGA